AUGUCCGUCGCCUCAGAAUCUACCAAGAUUGAUGCCUUGGAGUAUAUUAUCACCCACAUCUUUUGUCCUAUCAAAUUACCGCAGCACACCGAUUAUACCCUUGAAAAGGAUCGCUCCCUCCUUGACGUCGUGCUAGGCUCGGCUCACAAAUUUGCGAGUUCUUUGCCUGGUGACGAGGAGGAGCAGUGGAGUCCUUUGUUGAAGAUGCUGGAGAGUCUUGCAGUUUCAAUUACUUCUCCUUCCAUGGCCAAGGACGUCUUUGAGUCGCAAAUUAGGUCCAUGCAAGCAGGAGAUAUCAUCGCAUUUCUGAUUCGGGCACAAAAUGCUGCUGUGGUGCUUCGUAGACUCGACGCGAAAACCAUCUUUGAAUCUUUCGAGGUUUCUCCACCUGCGCCUGCCGUCAUGGCGGCAAAGGGGAAGCUCCUGUGUUCGUAUCCAGGGCCCGCAAUCGCUGUGCCAAACUCAGUCAUGGAUGACCCUACCUUUCCUCCCGAAUUGGCGAACUUUCUCUCGCACAUGAACCAUGAUCUGUUAGGUCCGGCAGAAACUAACACCACCGCACAUCCUCGCCAUAUCACCCAGCUUCUCACCGACAUCCUUCGUGCCUUUGGCGAGCCAGCUGACAUCCCUCGCAUUCGAAAACGUAUAGGCGAUGAUGUCUCGCAGUCCAAUGCCACGCCUCCUUGGCGAAGAUCAUCCCUUUGGCUUGUCAUACGGGUUGUAUUGCAGACAUCCCUCGAGCGCACCAGCCUUGGACGAGACGGUUACAAGGCUUUCAUGGCUUCGCUCACGACGGACCUUGUAUCUAAAGCCCUUGAGGGGGAUAUAUCGAGCGAUUUGCUCUACUUCAUGUCCACUAAAAUCAGUCGACGCUUGAUCAAGCUUCAGGCUGAAGACGAAUUCUCAGCAAUCGCGAUGUACAAAGCUACGGAAGAUAUCAAAGACCGACUGGAGCUGCGCUGGAAGGAUGUUCAGGCAGCUCAAGCGGAUUCCUCUCAUUGGGAUGCCUCGGAGAUAGAUAUAACCAGAGACACCAGGCUCUCUUUGACCGGAAGCGAGAAGUAUAUCGCCGCUGCCUUGCAUCCUACCCAUGGCCAACCCACCGUGGCAGACUUUCAACCUCAUCAUUGCCCACGGGGCACUAUCGACGACUUCCUUGGUCCUGACGCUAACUUCUUCAAGAGAGCUUAUGCCGAGGACCCCUUUUUAGCGCUUUUUGAUUUUGAAUGUGCUAUCGAGCGGGACAUCGAUGGUUGGUUGACUCGUGUCAUUAACCUUGAUGAUACUUGCAUCGACGCCGCUUGUCUGACCAUUCAAGCGCUCGCUCAAAUUUAUUUCACCAGAGCGCGACUGUCCUAUUCCGGAAAUCCAGAGAAUAUAUCCAUCAUGCUGCUCACGCUGUUCGCACUCUGGGUUGCGCUUGAUCAGCUAGUUGUCAAGUCAAUCCCUCUCCUCAUGGAGUACUCUCCGGAGGUCCCAGUUACCAUUUUCAAUCGCCUUCUCCUCCAAAAAGGCGCUGCCAUAGAGCGACUCAAAGUUCUUCAGCAGUAUGUUGCCACUCGCACCCGCAAUGCACGCCCGGGCUUUUCUACCUUCUCGGAUGGCGCGGACAUGGACGCAUUCGCAGUUCGUUAUUAUGACCAAUCUGAGGAGCUGCAGUCACGCAAGCAACGCAUUGAAGACGAUGCACGUGCGGAGCGGAGAAAGCGAAUUGCAGAACUUCACGACACAACCAACAGGUACCAGUGUCUCACACGUGAACUUGAGUCUCUCACGUGCGACUACAUGGACUGGCGAGGUUGGCGCGUACAUGACAGUGAUUGCUGUCGGUGCAAGAAGUGGCAGGAGAGGGGCAGGCUUUGUAUUGAAGUUCAUGAAUGGCCACUUCCCGAAUCUGUCAACCGUGCGGCGGUAGUGACAUUCGAACUCAAUGCCCCCAUCGCUUUCAAGAUGUGGCGAUCUUUAACCUUCAUCAUUCUUCACGACAUAUACACCCGAGUUAACAAACAGAUUCAAAACAAGGUGCAGCACAGGGGCCUCGCACAUUAUAGACCGCUUUCGUCCUAUCACGUAGAGCACCCCGGUCAACGUAUUACGUUGGCCCCGGUGACAAAGCGCCAGGCCCACUACGUAUCCCUUCCAUGCACUGAAAGUGACAUUGCCGUCAAAAAUGAGCUGUCCUUUCGCCUUUAUGACACGAUCGAAGAUGGUUGGGCCUCUGGUUCUAUUCGAGAGACUAGCAUAUCCGAUCUUUGCACGUACGUGCUGCCGGAAGGUCCGUAUCACGGACUGCAACCUUACCUGUCGGGUACCCAGCACACCUCGAACGAGCUCUUGGCCAAUCAGGCUACAUGUCCAGCUGAGUUGACGCUUCACGAAUUCAUCGCUUUCGGGAGCCUCCGUAGCGGCAGCCUUCUACAAUGGAUCAACAUUCUUCGUGAAUUGCGAGCACGCACACUCACAUUUCGUGAUCCUGCGGUCCACUUACUGCUGCUCCAGGCUAGUUUGGAGGUGGGAGAGCUGUCAGCCGACGGGUCUAGGUUAUGGCAUGAUGAACUGAAAGUCUCAGGCUUUGGGCACGCCCUUAUCGACGAGCUCCAAAGCCUAAAAGUAAGCGUGGAAGCCAAUUGGCUAGAGGGCACAACGAUGGCAACAAUCUCUGCCCUGGCGUCCCGCCUUCUCUCAUCAGCAGAAGAUUUCAGCGUCAUCCAGCGAUCAUACAAGUUGCUGCGAGCUGUCCGAAACACAACCUUCAAAUGGGUGCAAGAACUAUCCAAAGCUCUCCGAGAAGCUGCAGACGAAAAGUCUAGUCUUGAAUGUGAAGCUCGCGUUCGUGAUAUGGCAGUAAUUUGUCGCAGCACCUACGACGUCGGUCCGAACGAUAUCACAGCACUCCUCCAAUCGCCACAGGACUUGGAGAUCUUAUCAUACUGCUCUAUUAUAGUGAGAGAUAACACGCCUCCAGAUUUACCUGCUCUCCCGCCAAUUCCAAGGUUACUUCUCGACCGCGACCGUCGGUUGUCGCACUUUUUAGAGAUCUAUUUCCGAAGCCAUGUGGAAGACGACCAAGAAGGUCUUGAUCGGGCUAUGAAACAUCUCUGGCCUGCAUACCGCCGCCACACGUGCUGGACAGUGCUUGGAUCUCCAAAUUCUCGGUGGCUGAGAUGCGAAACAGCGCCUUCAGACGAUAUAUCCUGCCAAACCAUUCACUUUGAUAUGUUGACGGGUCGUCUAUUGGUUGAUGGCAAGCCGUUAGCCAGGCUGCCAGAUCGCUUUUUGCAGCAUGCUAGCUACACCGCACUCUUCGGUCAUCAUGUGCUUGAUGUUUUCCCCACAAAAAUUCCCGGCGUAGAAUUUGCUACCAAAGCCGUUAUACGUGGUUUUCAGAUAUUUUUCGGGAUGCGCAACGAGGACGUUGUCAUUCAGUCGCAAUGUGAGAAUGGGCACCUCCUUGAGCUAAUACCUCGAAAAAAGCUCGAGGUAGACAUCCCCGCAUUACUGGUCCAAGAUCAUGUGCAUUGGCUCGACCUAAGCACUCACGCGAUUGAAUUUCGUCCAAUGGAGACAAUGUGGGAGCCGUCCGACAAAAACUGGGUAUUGCAAUUCACGGCAGACGGGCAGUCAGUCGCACAGCAGGGCCAAUCAACUCUUUUUGAUAUCCGCAGCCCCGCUUUCCGCAUGAUAGCAAAGACGCUGAGCCCACUCGAAGACUCGCCAUACCUGAUCGUCACUCGCAGCGCGGAUGCAGGCCAGACUGUAGUCAAAGUCGAUCUCCCUCGGUAUGGGCUCUCUUUCUUUACAGAUGGAGAUGGAGACUUGCAUUCGCGGAACCAGAGAGGCAUGGUCGUUGACGAAGACCAGUCUACUGGCACAAUGCUUGGACUUGUUAACCAGCUCGUUUUGCGUCCCAAAAGUCGACAAACUUACAGCGAUCGCUGCGUCAUUAUUCCACAAGGUGAUGUCGUAGUAAAGCCCGUAGGCCACCAUAUCCAGGUCACCAUCCAUCCCGUUCCUGAUCAUGCCCGCCAUCACUAUCAAUGUUACACUGUUGACGUGGAACUCUGCCGCCUCACGGGAAAUGUCGGUCUCACGAAUAAACUUUGGAAGGUGUUCUUGCACGCCGUGUGUAGCGCCCAUGUUCCAGAUCCGUUGACUAGACGCACCGGUGUGGAAGAAGCCAUGUGUUUGCUGCAAUCCGCCGCAUGCUAUUCCUUCAUGAAGCUAGACCCAUUCGACUGCGAGCUUCUAGCUCGGAUAGGCUCCCUGACCGUUGAAUCUACAUGGUACACCGAUUGCGGACCGCAGCAGGUCAAAUGGCAAGAUGGCUUAUCAUCUUAUGUGCAAAGCUGCGCAUUUUACCAUGCUGCCAGAAAUAUUGUCCAAUAUGCACGGAAGCUGCAGGCGCUCAGCGAAACGCCAGUUGAAGUUUGCCCAAAGUUUCCAGUACACGACGAGUCACUCCUGGAACGUGCCUCUCAGCGGUUCAUUGUCCUUUACUCCCGUGAUCUAGUCAAUUCAUUCUAUCCCAGCGAAUCAUCGAGCAGCGAAUAUACUUCCAGGGAUGUUUGUGACCCCUCAAUCGACGAUCAAAAGGCAUUUGAUUGCGCGCGCAUGGUACGCGAGUGGAGCACCACGCUUGAGCCUUGCCAGGCGCUCUACGAUGUUUUUGUUCAGUGGAGUAAAGUUUCUGGCGGAAGACCCAAUGUAUCCCUUCGAUAUGACCGAGAAUGGUUGAAGCCUGACUUGGCUGAGAGAUGGAUGACCGUCUACGACCUUUGCUGCUACGCAGACCGGGAGACUCACACAUUCCAACUCGCUUUCACAUUAUCAGCCAUGGCUUACUCCUCCCCGAAGAAUGUGGGACUUGCCGCUACCAUGUUCGCGUUUGCAGCUAUUCCUGAGUUCCGUGCAAUCAGCUCCCCCAACUAUGCUGUGUACGAUCUUUCUUUUGGGAUCGAACCCCUUGAACAGGAGCUCUGCCAUCACAUCUCUUCCCAUUCUACCUUCAGCAAUAGUCCCGAGGCAUCGUGGGCUAGGGACCAUGACGAAUCGUACGGCGAUUUCCAUACUCGGCGACGCAAGCACUUCCAAACCGAGUGUCUGCGUGAACAAACAGCAGCAGUUGAUAUCCUUCUUCGUUGUUGGCCUUGCUAUUCUGUUCCGCCAGACGCCCUGGAGUGUUUGAGCGACUCCCGAUAUGACAAGUCCAAGCUUAGCGCUACCCUUGAAGAGCAAUACUCAAACUGCUAUCGCAACCGGUGUCUGAAGACAUAUCUGGAUCGUGUGCAGAAUGUACUCGAUGAAGUGACGAAGACUUCCAUACCGUCCAUCAAGCAAUCGUACGCAUUCACCCCGAGCAAUUCAGAAGUUAUAUCAAUCAACACUACCGACCUAACCAAACACUUGUUCAGAAAGCCUCCUCCCGUCAUCAAAUUACUCCCUGAUCCACUCAAGCAAAAUCACGUUUUAGUGACCGACAAAUUUUUUGGCGGCGGGCUUGAUUCAUCUCCGCUGGAGGAUGUCAUCUCGAACUUCUCGCGAUAUCGGUCGGACCAGUUUGGUGUCCACUAUGCUGCACAUCUAGAAGAAAGCAUAAUCCAUCUCAAGAACGAACAAUCACCCCUCGCACCUCACCCAACCCGCUGGACAGUCGACAUGUUACAACGUCAUCAUAUGUGGUGCAAUAAACUCUAUAAUAGUGCUUUUUGCAGAUUGGAAGAGCAUCUUGCUCCUUCCGGUUUGGCGGAGGAGAGUUUGUUCAAUUCUGGGCAAUGGCCACGCAUCACAGUUACAUUUCUUCUCGGCCUUCUCGCCUCCGCGUCAAAGACGCCUGUUUGUGACUCAUGGAAAGCCUCUUUGACAAAUUUCGUCCGUAUUCUUCUUCGACUACAAAGAUCACGCCGACUUCUGAAGUUGAAGUCAGCUGGCGGGGACCAUGAGGAAUUCCUGAAAGAGCUGGCGAAUGACGGUCACCUGGGAGUGGAUGGUACGCAGGAAUAUGUGGACUGGCUUCUGAUUCAGGCAGAGAACCGUUUUCUUAUCCGUCCCAUGCAAGCCAGUGUUGCCAUCGAGAUGAUUUCCCCAAGCUCUGGCAACAAUACCGCCCUACAGCUUCAUAUGGGGGAAGGAAAAUCUUCCGUGAUUGUACCCAUAUGUUGCGCUGCACUUGCAGAUGGCAGCAAUAUGGUACGGGUCGUUGUGCUAAAGCCUUUGGCUGAGCAAAUGUUUCAGCUGCUCGUAGAACGUCUCGGCGGCCUUACCAACAGGCGAAUCUUCUACCUGCCAUUCUCGCGCUCCUUGUCCAUCACUUCCCACCAUGCAGAAACCAUCCGGUCACUAUUUGAAGAGUGCAAAGCCAUUCGUGGUGUCCUUGUCGCUCAACCAGACCACAUCCUCUCUUUCAAGUUGAUGACCGUGGAGAGACAGCUUUCACCUGCAGCCGCGGUUGAACCCUCAACAAAGCUGUCAGCGCUCAUGCUGAAUACUCAGCGGUGGCUUGAUAUGCACACUCGAGACAUACUGGACGAGAGUGAUGAGCUGCUUCAUGUUCGCUUUCAAGUUGUCUACACUAUGGGCGAUCAACAGCGCUUGGAAGGAUGUCCUGAUCGAUGGACCACGACACAGCAGGUGAUGACCCUUGUGGCAAAACAUGCUUCCCGCCUUCACCAAGAAUGUUCUCUCGGAGUAGAGUUCCAGCCAGGCGCUGUCGGAACCUUCUCACGUUUAAGAGUUCUGGACGUUCGCGCAGGCGAAAGGUUGGUCGAACUGGUUUGCGAUGACAUCCUUGCCGGCAAACUUCCAAAUUUUGCAUUCGAACACGUUCCAUCUCAUAUGAAAGCCUCCAUUCGCAAGUAUUUUACCCUCUCCACCAUUGACCCGCAGCUCCUUCGUGAUGUCCGGAACUAUUGUGCUGAGUCCAGUCUGUGGAAUGGACUACUGCUUAUUCGAGGACUCCUCGCACACGGCAUACUUUUAUACGUACUGAAGGACCGGAGGUGGCGCGUAGAUUACGGUCUGGAUCGUCGACGCACAAUGCUCGCCGUGCCGUACCGAGCCAAAGAUGUUCCCUCAUCUCGCGCAGAAUUUGGACAUCCAGAUAUCGCAGUCGCACUCACAUGCCUUUCGUACUACUACGGAGGCCUCACUGAGACAGAAAUGGUCCUCUCCUUCCGCCAGCUACUCAAGCAAGACAAUCCCGCAUUAGAAUAUGAGACAUGGAUCAAGGGGUUGCCUUCAGAUUCGGUUCCUGACAACCUGCGACACGUCAGUGGAAUCAAUAUGGAGUCUACCGAACAGUUCACCACAUGUUUGGUACCUCUAUUCGGGCGCAACAAGGCUGCCGUAGACUUCUUCUUGGCUCAAAUCGCCUUUCCAAACGAAGCAAAGGAGUUUCCCCACAAGUUGUCUUGCUCUGCCUGGGAUCUCGCAGAGCGAAAGUCUUCUGGAUUGCCUACUACCGGCUUCAGUGGAACAAACGAUUUUCGCUACUUGCUACCCACCACCAUAACCCAGCAUGCGCUAGACCACCAGCGCGGUACGAACGCCAGAGUUCUCAGUCACCUUUUACAGGAAGAGAAUGAUCGUUAUGACUCGCAUGCAGCCGGUGAAGGCGCUGGAGAGCUCCUUAAGGUCAUCGCGAAGCAGACUCCGGAAAUACGUGUCUUGCUUGACGUGGGUGCCCAGGUGCUUGACUUGGAGAAUGACGAAGUGGCGAAGAUGUGGCUGGACAUCAAUCAAGAUGCUCAGGCGGCGAUUUAUUUCGACAGGCAUGAUAGGUUUGUGGUGCGCACUCGGGAUAACGUCAUAGAACCAUUCUCCGCAUCCUGCUUUGCUCAGCAACUGGACCAAUGCGUAUUGUAUUUGGACGAUGAACACACCCGAGGAAUGGACAUCAAGUUGCCUCGGGGAUUUCGCGCAGCUGUGACAUUAGGACCAAAGGUCACCAAGGAUCGCCUUGUACAAGGUUGCAUGCGGAUGAGAAAGCUCGGCCAUGGUCAUUCAGUCAUGUUCUUCGCACCUCCAGAAGUAGACCGCAGCAUCCGAGACGUGAACAACAAGGAUGGCGAUGAGGACAUUCAUGUGUCGGAUAUCCUCGUGUGGGCGAUGACUGAAACGUGCUCGGACAUUCAACAUCGUGCUUCACAAUGGCUUCAACAUGGGAUAGAAUACAGGUCUCGCCACAGUGCAUGGUCCUUGUCCUUAUCUGACCGUAUCACGCCCACCGAACUUGCCCGUUCGUGGCUUCAGCCAGAGGCCAAGAACUUGGAAAACUUAUACGCUCCAGCUCAGAUGGACACAUAUUCCUCACAGGCGCUAGACGAAGACCUUCUGGAUAGAUGCAAAAGUCUCGGGUUGCGCAUUGCGCUUGGCAGUCGCUUGGACGAAGAGCAAGAGAGAGAAGUGGUACAUGAGAUUGAGCGCGAGCACGAGAUGGAGAGACCGCCACAAGUGCCAGCUGCUACCCAUUGCGCCGACGAAGACGUCCGGUACUUUAUCCAAACAGGCUGCAUUCCAGAUGGAUCCCCUUCCUUCAUUGCAAUUUUCGACACCCUCUCCACGACUUCAGCUGCUUUUUCGGGGAGUCAGCCCUGGUCACGGAACGUUUUUGCCUCAAAGGAUUUCUCCACAACAGUUCUGAACGUAGACCAAACGGACAGUUACAUUCGCCCAGUCAACUGGAUUCUUUCAAGCACAGGAUCUGGCGCGCCGAUGCUAGUCAUUGUCAGUCCCUCCGAGGUCAACCUCUUUUUACCCGACAUUCGGGCCAGUAAGCAAGUUCACUUGCACGCAUAUACUCCUCGUGUCAUCAAGAUGAUGAAGUCAUGCGAUGACUUGCGUCUUUACAUCACACCAUCACUCCCUACGCGAUGGAUACCGCAUGACACCCUCAUCAGCCAGCUCAAUGUCUUUGCUGGCCAACUAUACUUUUCUCAUCCGCAUGAAUACAAGAAGUUGUGCCGCCUCUUAGGGAUUUACGCUGCGGGCCAGGGUGCCUCUGAGAUUCAAAGUGAUGGGUUCAUUAAACCGGAGCACCGGUCUCCUGCUGCGGAUCGCGUCAAUACCUUCCAACAAUCGCCUAUCCCUAUGUUGAAGGCUCUUUUCGGUAUCCGCCGCAAGGGAAUGGGUUACUUGCCUACGCACGUUGGGAAGCUAUUGGGCGGUCGACGGUUAACCGGCGAAGACUUCGACGAGACUUGA